AUGCCGGGACUUCCGCCACCCCCCUACGGGGCCGUAUUUAAAGGCGCAACACUGCAGCUGUUAGAACAGGCAAAAGAACUAGCUGGUCUGUCCUAUAGACCAUCUGUGUUCAACCCGGCGACGCUGACAAAAAAGGGUCCUGUGCGCGUUGCUAGGAGCCGUGUGCCACCAGCGAGACCAGGUGAAGAUCCUGGAUUCGACAUGUUUUUUGAAAUGCAUGGGACUGGUGCUAGACGUAUCGCACUAAUUAUGGGACUUGCAAAUUCGUGUUUUAGCUGGCUCGACCAAGUCGAGGAGUUCGGUAGUGAUCCGUCGUGCUCAGUCCUGGUACUGGAUAACCGAGGCUAUGGUAAUACGAGUUCGCCUGCACAGCGCUACACAACAUGUGAGAUGGCAAAAGAUGUGUUGGAGGUGCUCGAUCAUAUUGGAUGGACGGAGGACAAGUCUGUCCACCUCGUAGGUGUGUCCAUGGGUGGAAUGAUUUCGCUGGAAAUUGCUCGUCAAAAUCCACAGCGACUUGCAUCAUUGCUUCUUCUCAGUACAACUAGCGGCGACGGCAGCCCAUUACCUCCUGCGAUGGGUCUAGUUGCGUUAACAAAGAGUAUUUUUGCCUCUAUGUCCGGACGCACACGCAAUGAAGCUCGUGUGAACCGAAUGGCAAAUGUACUUUUUCCUCUACCUUGGCAAGAAGAGAAGCAUGAAUCCGACCCACAAGGUCGUAAGAAUGGCGAAGUGAUGCGUGACAUAUUGUUAUGGCGCUCACAAUUCGUCCUUCCACCCUCGACGAUGGGUCCUUUGUAUCAGAUGUCGGCCUGUUUGACACAUCAUGUUCCUCCGAAGGAGCUCAUGAAGAUCAACAACAAUAUACCAAAGGUUGGCAUUGUUACGGGUGACUGGGAUCAGCUUGUGAGUCCUCGACAUUCACGAUUUAUGCAUAAAAAGAUGCCCGAUGCUGAGUACCACGUAUGGCCCGGGGCGGGACAUGCUAUCCAUAUUCAGUUCCCCACAGCUUUCAACAAAUUUCUACGGAACUGGGUCGGUGCACCUGCGAGGGACUCUGCUCCUUCGUAG